UUAUAUGUAAUGAUGUGGGUCGUACUGAUGGCAUUGCAGCUGGAUGCCCUUUGAUUCCAGCCUAGCGCAGCAAGCUUCAGUCUGAGAAUAACACUUGUGCUUCCAUAGGAGCCUGAGGAUGUGGAACUGAAAGCUCAGCUUUCUGCUGCUGGUCGUUUCUCCUGGCUGCUCCCUGUAGCCCAGCAGCCAAAGCACCUCUGUUCCUAUGGAGGAUGCCGGGUUCGGUGAAUGAUGUGCCCUGUGCCAACUUUGAAGCCAACAUAUUUGCAAGGAGUUUGUGCCAACAUUGCUUACGUGCCGCAAGAGUUCAUCCCCAUGCUGCACAGGAGCAUGACGCAGAGGUGGCGGGGCACGGCACCAACGCAGACCCAGGUGGGCCCUGGGACGCCGUCCGCAUCGUAGCACCGCAGUGCGAGGUGUACAUCUGCGUGGGUCGGGCAGACGGUGCAGAGCGCUGGCACCAGAGCAGGUCACAGCCCCCACUCAGCCCCAGCACUGCGGGCCAGCAUGGAGAAACCAGCACCGAGCCCCACAGCCACACUGAAGGCAGGGGCUGGGAGAUGACCAGGCUGUUGGACACCACUUUGGGAUCAGGCAAGCGGGACACAAUGAGCUACAGAGGCCACAAGGAUAAUGCACAGCUUCAGGUGGACAGAGCCAGGUGGGGUCAGCCCCUUCCCUCUGGAUCCUGGGUGAGGACAGAGGCUCCAAGCUUUAGGAGAGAAGUCUGCGUGCCAAAAGCAGAGCGUGCUCCUGCCAGCCAGAAGCCCAAGGAGGGCUGGGCGAAGCACCGCAUAGAGAGUGGCUAUUUCUCCUUGGAACCUCGUAAACCUGACCCUCCCUGGGCUCCUUCCACACCACGUCCCAGCCGCAGCUCCUCUCCAGCUCCAGGCAGCAGCAGCAGGCACUUAACAUCCUUGUCCCGGGCUGGGGAGCCUCGUGUGCACCCCAGUGCUGGGAGCACAGAGGGGAAACGUGUGCUGGAGAGGCAGGAGUACACGGUGCUGGCAGACCUGCCCAAACCCAAACGCCUCGGCCGUGGGGAUGCUGCUGACCGCUGUGGAUCCCGCACUCUCAGCCCUGGCCGAGUGGAGGUGGAGAGGAUAUUUGGCUGUGAACGCAGGAAAUCGGAGACAUUGGAGGCUUUCCAGGCACUGGAGGAGGGCCGCGUGGAGCGGCUGGAUGGCAAGACCCCAGUGCCACCCAGCAAAGGCAGAGUCAUUCGGAGGCAGUCCAGCCCCAGCCUGCCCAGGGAGGGUCAGCGGGUCUCCUGGCACACUGAGCCACGCAGCAGAGACUCCAAGGAGUCCCGGCGCUCCCCCAGCCCAGCUCGGCACACAGAGAGGACUGGGACCCCCCUGCGCCCUAUGUGCCCAUCUCCACGGGCAGAGAGGGACUGGAGGAAGCCCCGGGAGCCCACAAGUCCUACUCAGAGGCUGGAGAGGGGAGGCAGCAGCCCGCAGUUCCUCAGACCACGCUCCCCUAGCCCUGCUUCAAGGUUGGAACGGAGGCCAGGAGGAACUCAGAGCCCUCCCCAGCACACGGAGAAGGACUGGAGAAACAGAGCAGAUAGGAGCCAAGUUGCCUGGCAGGCUGCGAGCAUGGGGAAAGCCAUUGAGAGAAAAAGCUGGGGGAACACCCUGCACCCCCCGAGCCUUGGGAAGAGCGUGGAUGGAAGCAAGCUGGGAGGAGCCAGGCCACUACGCUCCAUGAGUCCUACAGGACGGACAGAUGGCAUAUGGAAAAGCCAAAAGGAGACCUCCCAGCCUGGCCUUGCGUGGGGGGCAGAGACACAACGGGGGGACCCGUCCAGGAAGCAGCUGGAGUGCAGCUGGAGGAGCCUCCGGGAUAAACUACAGCCUCCCCAUGCUGGGAAGGGCACAGACAAUGAGUGGAAAGGCCGAGGGAAGCCCUUGCGUCCCAUGAGCCCAACACGGCCACCAGAACAGGUUUGGAAGGGCCAUGGGGAUACCCGCCAGGCUCAGAAGGCAGAGAAAGACUGGAGGGUGCAGGAGAAGCAACCGUGCCACAUGGAGUUGAUGCAGCAGCUGGAAAGGGACUGGAGGAGCCCUGCUAGGUAUGCGGAUGCCUGGCCACGGCCAGAUGAUAGUUGGAGGAGGCCUGAGAGCCCAGCACAGCAACUGGAGGAUGACUGGAAGGGGGCUGAGCAGCACAGCCACAACUCAAACAACCCAGAGAAACCAUUGGAAAGCGAUUGGGAGAACAAGAAAAUCCUCAUUUAUCACUCACAGCUGGGUGGGAGCUCCAGCGCCCCGCAGAGCUCUUCAGGAAGCCGGCCUACACACGGCAGCACCAGCGACAAACACACUAAGCCAGAUCUCCUCAAUUUCAAGAAGGGAUGGAUGUCCAUCCUGGACAAGCCAGGAGAGUGGAAGAAACACUGGUUUGUGCUGACCGACUCGAGCCUGAGAUAUUACCGGGACUCGAACGCUGAGGAGGCUGAUGACCUCGAUGGUGAAAUCGAUCUCCGCUCCUGCACGGAUGUGACAGAAUUCGCGGUGCAGCGCAACUAUGGCUUCCAGAUACACACAAAGGAUGCCAUCUUCACACUGUCAGCCAUGACCUCAGGCAUCAGGCGCAACUGGAUUGAGGCUCUGAGGAAGAAUGUGCGCCCUGUUAGUGCUCCAGAUGUCACUAAGCUAUCUGACUGCAACAAGGAGAACACAAUCCGUAACUGCAUCCCACCAAAGAGCUCACUGAGGGUGGACGAGCAGCAGCAGCCAAGUUCUGAGGGAAGCACCAAAGGCAGCACCUGGAAAGUGGAUGGGCCACGUCAUGCCUUUGACUAUGUAGAACUGUCCCCCUUGCAGCAGGAUCCCCAAAAUCAGGGUUCCCCACAGAGGACAAGAGGGAGCUUGAGGGUGUCAGAGCGAGUGUCCAAGCAUGAGGAUCUGGAGCGGGAUUUGGCAGUGCGUUCAGAGGAGAGGCGCAAGUGGUUUGAGAGUCCCGACAGCAGGGUCUCCCAUAGUGAUGGCCCAGAGGGGAACUUGUCCCGCAAGGUGGAGGAGCCAGACUUGCCUGCUGCCCCACUUUCAGAGGAGCAGCGGGUUCGGCUGAAUGAGGAGAUAGAGAAGAAGUGGCAGGAGCUGGAGCGCUUGCCCUUGAAGGACUCACGGCGAGUGCCCUUGACAACACUGCUGAACCAGGGCAAGGGGAACCACGGGGAUACCAAUGAGGCGCUGAAAAAGGAGAUCCAGUCACUGCGGGCACAGUUGGAGUCCUGCCGGGCCCGAAACGAGAGCCUUCGGGAAGCUGCCAAGUCCCAGGGAGACAGCCAUGUGCCCCGGGGGUACAUCUCUCAGGAGGCCUGUGAGCGCAGCCUGGCUGAGAUGGAGUCAUCACACCAGCAAGUGAUGGAGGAGCUGCAGAGGCACCACCAGCGAGAGAUGGAGCGGCUGCGGCAGGAGAAGGAGCGGCUCCUUGCAGAGGAGGCUGCAGCAACAGCAGCAGCCAUUGAAGCACUGAAGAAGGCCCACCGGGAGGAGAUGAACAAGGAGCUGGGCAGGACACGAAGCUUUCAGCAGUGUGGCUCUGUCACAGACGCCCUCCAGAAGCAGCACCAGUUGGAUGUAGACUCACUGAAGCGGGAGCUGCAGGUGCUGUCAGAGCAGUACUCCCAGAAGUGCCUGGAAAUUGGGCAGCUAACAGAGAAGGCAGAGGAGCGGGAACAGACGUUGCAGCGCUGCCAGCAAGAGGGGAAGCAGCUCCUCCGAAAGAACCAGGAGCUGCAGAUCCGCCUGUCAGAUGAGAUUGGGAAGCUGCGAAGCUUUAUCACCUCGCGGUGUUCUGGGGACCGAUCUCCGCAAAACAAUGAGCGCAGCUCCUGCGAGCUGGAGGUGCUGCUACGUGUGAAGGAGAAUGAGCUCCAGUACCUGAAGAAGGAGGUGCAGUGCCUCCGGGAGGAGUUGCAGAUGAUGCAAAAGGACAAGAGAUUUGCCUCAGGGAAAUACCAGGACGUCUAUGCAGAGCUGAAUCAUAUUAAGGUGCGCUCGGAGCGAGAGAUUGAGCAGCUGAAGGAGCAUCUGCGCCUGGCCAUGGCAGCCCUGCAGGAGAAGGAAUCACUGUGCAACAGCAUCAGCAAUUAACGGUCUACUUCAUUUGUUUAUCUGUUCUUGUUUAUUAUUGCUCCAUUCCUCACUUGAGGAGAGAGGGAGGUUGGAUCCCAUCCAUUGUCACCUUGGCGAGACGUCUCUCUCUCCAGCCAGCUCCUCACUCCCCUCCCAAAGCUUUCGAUGAAGCCUUUCCAAAACCUUUUUACCUUCGUAUCUGAGCACAUUAUUUGGAAUGGCUCCUUACAUGCACCUUCUUCAGGAUUUUAUACAUGAAAAUUAUAUUUUAUAGAAGAAUUUUGUUUUCCCUUGAGAAGAAGAGGAAAAGGAGGGGGGGAAAGCUUCUAUGUCACCAGCAUUUUCUAACCAGAGAAAAUAUACUCCCUGCUUCCUCAGCCCCCCCAUCUCCCAGCCACGUAUCUGCCUUUGGCACUCCCAUUCCCUCUCUUCCACCUGUCUCUGGGGCCCCAUGGGGACAUACGGGGACGCGUAAUGACACCACUGCCCCAGCACCCAGUGGAGGAGAGACACCCAAGCCAUAGGAGGGGGCUGCCCACCACAGCUGCACCUGUCUGCAACUUUGAAAGAGGAGACCUUGGCACGAGGCUGCGAGAUGGAGUUCUCAGUGACUGUCCUUUGGCUCUGCCUUGGCACAGCCUCAGCUCCUGGAGCCUCCCCACUUGCCCUCCCUCGGGCUGGGGAGAGCUGGGCCUUUUAGUGGCAGAGGAGCUGCUCUGCCACACCCUUCAACUCUUUAACUUAAUAAAAUCUUCCCCUUUUGCUGAGAAAAAAA